CUCUAGAGCGCGCCGACCCCUCCCUUCCUUCUGAGGGGGCAGAUCCCAGCCAGUCAGUCCCAUCUCCAUUUGCCUCCCUCGGACCCCGGCUCCUCAGGGAGCCUCGCUGCGGGGACCAUGUUCAAGAAAUUUGAUGAAAAGGAGAGUGUAAUAAACUGUAUCCAGCUGAAAAACUCAGUUAUCAAGGGCAUUAAGAACCAACUGACAAGUCUCUUUCCAGAGAUUAAACCAUGGCUUAACCAAAUUAUUCCAAAGAAAGAUCUCAUCAAAAUUGUCCGCUGCCAUGAACAUAUUGAAAUCCUCACUGUAAAUGGAGAAUUAUUGUUUUUCAGGCAAAGGGAAGGACCUUUUCUUCCAACACUAAGAUUACUCCAUAAAUAUCCUUUUAUUCUUCCACACCAGCAAGUUGAUAAAGGAGCUAUCAAAUAUGUACUAAGUGGAGCAAACAUUAUGUGUCCAGGCUUAACUUCUCCAGGAGCCAAGCUUUCCCCAGCUGAAGCUGACACUAUUGUUGCCGUAAUGGCAGAAGGAAAACAACAUGCACUCUCUGUUGGUAUCAUGAAGAUGUCUUCAGAAGAAAUUAAGAAAGUCAACAAAGGGAUUGGUAUUGAAAAUGUCCAUUAUUUAAAUGAUGGCCUUUGGCACAUGAAGACAUAUAAGUGAACUUCCAAAGAAAAGCAUUUAGCCUGAACUUGGGCUGUUUGAUCAUUAUGUUUUUACCUGUUAAUGAAUUAAAAACUAUUGUUCUCUGUGUUUAAUAAAUUAAGCAGAUGGUAAAAU